UGGAAACCCAAAAACAGACUAAUCUUUCAAAAAUGUUUUUCAUAGAUUUAUUACUGAUUAUAAUUCUGGAUUGCAAGGAUACAUAAAUAUUCAAAGUGUCCCAUGGAAACAGGAUCAACAUGGCUGUCAAGUAUUUAGGAUUGUAGGUAAGUACUUUGAAACGUACAAAACCGUUCAAGACACCAAAAUCAUAACCCAUUAUAUCUCUUAUACAAUAGAUAGCUGAACCCCCUCCCUCCCCCCCCCCCAACCACACCCCCUCAUUUUUGGGGUCGCGGUAUUCACGCGCUUUUGUAUGGAAUACUCCGCACUCAGUGUGUGGUUCGCGGCACACAGAAGCUCUUAAAAUCGUUCAGUUUUAUCUGAUCUGAAGGACUCAGGUAAAAAAAACAAAGGGUUAUUUAGGUCGAUAUCUAGGGGGAGUGGCGUAGGAUUAGAAUAGGGAUAGACUAAUAUAAUGUCAUACUGAAUAUAGAGUCUUUUUAACAUUUUGUUCACCUGACCGUGUUUACAUUAGCCACUUCUGUCAAUAUAAUCAGCCUAAAUCGUCUAAAUCAAUGACGGGUGGUUUUAUUCAUUCGAAAUUCAUUUUCAUCUACCAAAAGAUAAUGAAAUGUUGUAUUAAACAUUCAGAAUUAAUGUUAUUCAUAGCCAUGUUUCAUUAUCCUUCAGCGAUUAUUUGCCAGUCGUCCAGAUAAUUGGUGUAAAUCUAAACGUAUAUAACAACAGUUAAUUUGUUACUCCUAAAAUGGAUGGUCUAUUAUAAAUUUUAAACUGAAAUAUGUUUUGCUUUUGGUUACAUGACCAAAAUUAAGGGCAUUCAACGAAAUCGUGACAAAAAAUAUUGAAUUUAUGCAGGUUUAAUUAAAACUUAUAUCAGUAUUAAAGGCCUAUAAGCUGGAAUUCGAUGUAAGCCAGUGAAAACUUAAAAUGGUAACGAAAAACAACAGCGAUAACAACUACAACACAACAAGGUAAGAAGUUAAGAAAUUAAUUGAGUUAUAUACAUAUAAAGAUACAUAAGAACAUUUUAAAAAAAACAAGUGAUCAACUGGGAGAAGUAUUUCAUUCAAACUAUUCUGGAUAAGAGUCGGAGACAUAUUCUGCAGCGUAAUGAGAAAAUAGCAUAAUGUAGAUUUCAUUUUAAUUUAAAGCCUCUGGCCCAUAAUACAGUCAUCCAUAUAAAUACACAGAUACAUUCCCAUGAUAUCAUGUAAAUUAUACACGAACUUUAUGUUUGCGGCGGAAUGUGUCAACUGUCAUCAUUUAAAUGUUUUUGUUUAUAAUUGCUUUAGGCGAACUAAACAAACAUUACAGCAAAGCUUUAAUGUUUUAACACUUAAAUAAGAGUGCUGUAAUGUCGAAGUUAACCUGUUAUCUAUAUCUUUAUUUGCCAAUGUAAACAAAACAAGAGACUGAGGUUUUCAAUGACCAUGUCUUCUAAAUAACCUUCUGAUAAGUUAUAUAAGUAUAUUAAAGUCUUGUUGUCAAAUACUGACAAUUUGGUCCCUUGUAUCUACUGUACGCUAUAUUAAAUAUCAUAGGACAGAUAAAAUACCAACACUGGUACAUUAUUAAAACACAAUCAGUUUAACACCCUUAGAAUAUAUAAACUGUAAGCUAUUAUAUAUUAAUUAAAUCAUAACCUUCUUACACUUUUACCUUGAAAUGUAUUUAUAGUGUGUAACCGGGUAUACGAUUUAUAUAGCGGCACUUAUACUGUCUCGCUAUAGAGCUAGCUUUUAUAGCGACGCGGUAGAGUGUCUGCCUACAGAGCGAGAGGUCGUGGGUUCGAACCCCGACAGGAGCACAUAGCAAUUUGUGCAGUCUGUUACAUUUGGCGCCCAACGUGGGGCCGCUAUAUACAUCGUAUACCCGGUUACAAGUGUAAAAAUUGUAUAACAUGCUUUACAGUGGAUAAUGGCGUGGUUGGAGGAAGGUUUCACGAGGCGUAAUCAACGCUAUUCUUCACGGAAAGAAAGCCAGCCUAAUUCUUCUAAAAGGGAAGUGGUGGUCGUACACUUACGUAAGACUGUGUUAUUCCCGUAUUCCCUUCAAACGCACCGGAAAGAGGGAGUCUUUGUGUAGAAUGGUAUAAAUAAUGUAAAGAAAAGCUUUACUAUCACAAAUUUUCUUUGGGCAUUCUGUUUAAUCAAUCGCAUACUUUUUGCAUUACACUUUUUUGUUGUUUUUGUUUUUGUUUUUAGCAUAUUUUACUAUAUGCUUUUUAUUAAGAGACAUACUUAUGUUUCUAUGUAAAUGUUAAAUUACUUGUACUUUUUGUUGGACACUAUCUAUGUCGGGAAGUCCUGUAUCUUUAAUCAAUAAUUUCGAAAAUGAUGGAACACCAGGAGAUAUUUUCUUUGAGAGCACUUUAAACGAUGGUAUUGCUGAUAACGUUGAAAUAACAGAUACUGAUGAUUUUUGUGAGAUAACAUUAUCAGACAAAGAUUCAGAUAAUCUUCUUUUCGCGACCCCUGUUCCGAAUUUCGAAGAGACUGAUGAAUAUACAAAUCAUCUAUCGCCUGAGGACACAGACAGUGACGAUGAAUACACCAAACAAGAAUACGAUUUGCAACUAAUAGAUGAAAUUAUUCCAGACCAAGAUGAAACUGAAGACUAUCUUACUCCAGAAAGCAAAUCUGAAAAUGCAACAUGGACAACUGGGAAUAUGCCAAUUUUCAGUAAGAUUGAUGAAUCCUUGGAAUCGGUUUCACCGCAACCAUCGUCGCCAUUAACUGACGUCUUAACAGGCCAGUCACCUCUUAUCUAUAUCGAUGAUGACGGUGAUAGUUCACGAGCCAAACGAAGACGACACUCGGAUGAUUUUGUCAGUACAAAUAUACAAACUGCACUGCAUUCGAAGUUAAGCAAAACGAUUCAACAUGUCCAAGGUCAGUCCAUCCUGGACGAAGACGACGACAUAUUUGGUAUGUUCGGCGUAGCAAGUUUCUCUGUACAGAAAGAUUCUGGCAAAGUUAAAACACAUAAUACCUCUAUCGCUCCUCAGUACACAGGACAUGAGGAGAUACAUAACCUAGAAGAGUUGGAUUUAGACAAUAGUGAGAUAUCGUCGACUUCAAUAAUGACACCGUUAAUCAAGAAAGAGCUUCAGUUUUCAAUACAGUACAAGAGAUUGACGAGAGGCGAGGACGAGCUUGUUCUAGAACCAGAAGAGCCAAAGCAUUAUAAGCUCACCCAAGAUGAGAUACGAAGGCGCAAUUUACGUAUGGAGGUGAAUAGGCGUUCUGCUAAAAAGUCCAGAGUCCGUCACAAGCACAGAGAAAACAAAAUCAUUAAGCGAUAUGAACAAUCCAAAGGGGAACACGACAGACUUGAGAAAGUAAAGACUGACCUUACGGCUCGUAGAGAUCAACUAAGGCUUGAAAUGAAGAAGCAUACCUCGUGUUUUCACCUUAAACCACCUUGAAAGAAAUUAUAAUUCUGCCUGACUUUUUCCCUUUAAUGCAGUCGAGAGAAUGGACAACAGCAGUAUCUAUUACUUUUGGGCAAAUCGUAUUCAAAAGAAAGACAUCGGAGAAAGCUAAUUCGAUUUUGGUCAAUAUUUGUUUACAAAGACGAUCGAUAUUCAUGUAAACAACAAUUUGACGAAAUACAUACCGUGGGAAAUUUUGAAGAUAUUUGAGAAGUCAAUAUCAAAAUAUAUGUCGUAAACAUUAACCUUACAGUCAAAUCCAUUCUCAUCAUUUCAAAUACUUCCUGGUGUUCCAUUAUUUUGAAAUAAUUUGGUUGUUGAUCAUGAUAAAAGGAUGAGACAUUACGUAUAUGUUUCAAUCAAUAUAUACACACAAAAUAAACAGGAAAUUACCA